AUGUUCCCUACUCUUAAAACAUGAGCCCCAGCUCGUAUUCAAGAAUCGCGAGCUGCUUCAAAGUGCAAUACCCACUAUGGGUUAUUUUCACCCAAAAAUAACAUUAAAACUGGAUUUACCCAGACAUUUUAUGGACUUGACUUCUUAAAAUCUCCCAGAAACAAGUCUGUUCACAAGCUAAAAUCCAUCACAAGUUUGGAGAAAGACCACUCAAAAGUGAUCUACAGGUUGAAAUAAAUCCAAGAAGAAGAUCGAGAGGAGGUUGCUCAAGCAGGCUAUUAAAGCAAAGGCCAAGAAUUCUGCAAUAGUCAUAGACGGCUAUCCAUUCUACCCAUCUAUGCAUUCAAAACCCAGUGACCUCAAUUUUUGUCCCUUCAUAUAAAGAUCCAAUCUUGUUGGAGAGGGUACAGCACCCGGAGGACUUUCCUCCCUUGGAAAAGAAAGUUUCUCAAUAUUGUCAGGUUCCUUCAGUUAAAGUUCAGGAGAAGGCUGAGAAGGAAAAUAAACGCCACCAAAAGAAUAGAACAGUUUUUGAAGAAAUGGAUAAAGAAGCAGCGUUUUAAUGAUAAUGGUAAGGAACGGAAGCCUGGUGAAAGGUACUCUAGAGGUCCAACCUUCACCACACCUCAACGGUCUGAGAAGUACGGCUCUGGGUCAUACGAUCUUAGUAACAGAUACCUUAAAUCUCUCUCAAAACCCAAAAGUCGCAAACUAGUGGUCUUCAAGAGCCAGGAAGCUGCCGAAGAUUUAGUAGAAGAACAGCCAAUACCCGCUCAAAAAGACAUAGUCAGCCAGAGAACCUCGAGCGAAGGUUCAAAUCUAGAAUCCUUCAAAGAUAUUAAGCUUACUCCAAGAAUUUCUAGAGUAGAUCCAAUUGAGGAAUUUGACAUCCCUGAUUUCAUCAGAGAGAUUAGAAACAGAUACAGGAUCUUAAAUCAUGAGAAUAUAGAGGAAAGGAUUGAGCUCGAGAAGGAAGACCCAACUGUGUUUCCUAUAUAUGCUAGACUGAAUAAGUUAAGAAAACUCAGAGAGCAAAAUACCUCAGAGGUUAUAAAACCAAACUCUAGAGAUCGCCUCAAGAUGAAUAAUGACAAAUUUGACCAGUUUCUUAAGAGAAUGAUCAAAGAGAAUCUUGAGAUGAGCUACCCAGAGAAUUAUGAAGGGAUUUAUUUUAAAACUCAUGAUGAGUAUGUGAAGUAUAUGAAAAGUAAAUAUACAACUAAGGUAGACACCAUCGAUUUAGACUCCAUGUAUCAAAAGUUAGGAGCAACAUAUCCCCGAUAUUAUAGAAUGACUAGUUCAAAUCUUAUUAAAUCUCUCGGUGUGAGCGAUACUGAGCAGAAAAAUUUUACUAAAUAUAAGCUUAAGCACAAAGAACAACACUACCAAGACCAAGAAAUUGAUUUGUAUGAGUACAUUGUAGAAAGUCGAUUGAAAAAUUAUGAAAAAUCUAUUGCAAAGGAGAUUUCUACAUUCCAAAAAUAACAAGAAAGAGAGAAAUAUAACAUGGAAAGAGUUAACGUCCUUAAAGCAGUCAGUUGCAUACUUUAUGCAGACACAAGCCAACAGGACAUUAGAUGAUCGGAAAUAUGAUAUCAAAGACUAUAACGAGUCUGAUCCUAGACUAGCAUAUGAUCCUAAUGAACCCAAAUUUUUCAAAGAAGCACCGCAAGGUGGACUGGACUUAAUCAAAAAGCUAAAGUUAGCCACAAAUGUCCUUAGAGGGAUCACUCCUGAGAACCCAACUAUAUAAACAACAGACCAGAAGAGAGCAGCCUUAACACAA